GGUGGGCAGUGGGAAUAAUGGCCUUGGAAUUUGUCCAAGAGACGUCUUGGUUGAGGCAUGUCUGGAUGCAGAUGCUGAUAGUGAACUUGGCGUUUUCUGAAAUGAAGUGUCCUAAUUUCUUUUUCCUGGAACAUGGAAAAUUUCAAGAUUAUUCAAGAGAUUUGGGUCAUCAGAUGGAAUUUUACUGUGAUGAUGGCUAUGAGCUGCAAGGUGAAUCAUCAUCUUUGUGUCAAAUGUCUGAACGGGAAAUACCAUUUUGGACAAAUCCUCUACCGAAGUGUGUGGAAAUAUUACCUGUGUCAUUUUGCCCUGUAACUGACACACUUUCAUAUGGUUACUGCAAUGUUACAAGCUAUGAAAGUAGUGGAACAAGAACUUGUCAAUGUGACCAUGGCUUUAGUCUUCAGGGUUUGGCAGUUGCAAAAUGUCAGCAGUCAGGAACAUGGAGUGCCAGUUUGCCUACUUGCAACAAAAUAAUGUGUCCAGUUCUCUCACCACCUCUGAAUGGCUAUUUGUCAAGUGCACAUUUUAUGUACAAUGAAUCAGUAACUUACAGCUGCAAUUCAGGCUACUAUUUGAACAAUGGAAAUGAGACAAGAACUUGCCUAAUAUCAGGCCAGUGGAGUGGAAUAGCACCUCUGUGUCAACCUAAAUUGCAUUUUUGCUCAGUACCAACACCUCCAGUCAAUGGUGUAUUACAGUUCAACGGCACAAAUAUAGGAUCCUUGGCAUCAUUUCAAUGCAAUUUAGGCUACAACAUGACUGGAAGUCCAAUGAGUACUUGUCAACUAAUUGGCACUCGGUUGCAGUGGUCUGAUCAGACACCAAAUUGUACAGUGAUAAAGUGUCCAAGACUUUCUCUUCCUUUGAAUGGCUAUUUAUUGAGCAAUGGUGUUUUAUACAACACAACUGUCAGUUAUGGCUGCAAUCCUGGUUAUCGUAUAAAGAAACAUCGGACAAUAACUUGUCAAAUUUCAGGCCAGUGGAGUGAUACUCCACCUCGUUGUAAAUUGGCAGAGUGCUUGGCACCUCGACCUCUUUUCAAUGGGCAAGUCUUAUACAACAGUACCAAAUUGGGAUCAUCGGUAUUGUUUAAAUGCAAUGCUGGCUACAAGUUGAUUGGAAGUACAACUAGUUCGUGCAAACUACGUGGUUCUCAACUACAAUGGUCCUUGCGAUCACCCACUUGUCAAAUGAUGACAUGUUCAACUCUCUCUGGACCAACAAAUGGCUGGCUGUCAAUCUCUGAUUUUGGCAAUAGCAAAUUAGUGACUUACAAUUGUGAUCCAGGCUAUCAUCUUAAGAAUGGAAGUGCCACAAGAUAUUGUUUAGUCUCAGGCGAGUGGAAUGGAACUGCACCAGGUUGUGAAGGUAAGUAA